AUGGGUAAAAGGGUGGGAUAUGCUGUCAAAAGAAGGUUAGAGGCCAUGUGGAACAAAAAAGGGACCGUAGACGUUAUUGACUUAAGCAACGAUUUUUAUCUAGUCAAAUUCUAUGCUAGUGAGGAUUUUGACUUUGCCCUCAUGGAGGGGCUUUGGAAGGUUUAUGACCACUACCUAACUGUCAGGCUGUGGGAGCCAAAUUUUAAUCCACUAAGAGCUAUAAUUGACAAAAUCACAGCAUGGGUGAGGUUACCGGGUUUGCCGAUUGAGCUUUAUAACGGAACCAUAUUGAGGAAAAUAGGUAAUCUUAUUGGAAGAACGGUAAAGGUUGAUAAUAACACAGCCAAUCUGUGUAGAGGAAAAUUCGCCCUGCUAUGUGUAGAGGUAGAUCUCACCAAACCUUUGAUGGGAAAGUAUUUGAUUAAUGGAGAAGAGUACCAUGUGGAGUAUGAAGGAAUCCACCAAAUCUGUUUUAUAUGUGGAAGAAUAGACCAUGAUCAACAGCAUUGCAAUAUAAGAAAAGAGAAAGAGGUGGCAGCAGGAGUGGAAAGCAGCGAACAAAGCACAUAUGAAAAAGAAGAAAAUCAGUAUGAAAAACAAAAUGAGCAAAUUGCAGAAGAACCAGCAAUGGAAAAUAAUUUGAACAAAAAAGAGAAAAGCAAGCAAAUUAUGAUAGAGCAGAAUGACAACUAUGGAGCAUGGAUGGUAGUGCAGAGGCCAAAAAGGGGAAAGAAGAAUGAAGAAACCAAACAGGGAGGUGGAUCAAGCAGAGCUAAAGAGAAGCAAAGCAACAAAGAAAACCAGUCCAGAUAUAGUGUUCUACAAGUGGAAGACUCGACACCAGAGCAUGAGGAAAGGAUUGAAGUAGCACAAGGAGAAGAGCAAGGAAACAACAAUGAUACUACAAAGGAAAACAAAACGACAAAAAGAGAAAAUACACAAACAAAAAGAAGAAGAACGCAGAAAACAAACAGAUCCAACCCAAAGGAAAAAUAA